UUCCCUUUAAAAACCCAUAGGUCUCCCACAUCCCCAACCGUAAGACGAUCUCCAAUCUGUCUCUGCGUCUGGUUAUUUGCCGUCUCUCUCUUCUCUUAGUUUUGCUUCAACAAUGGCAGAAACGCAGCGUCGACAACUCCCUUGCGAUGCAGGAGGAACUUGCAUGUUAUGCGAGAAAGUGCCUGCAGAUGAUGAUAAACUCAUCUGCAACACUUGCGCCACUCCGUGGCAUCUCAGUUGCCUAUGGUUUCGUCCUGAAACCCUAGGCUUUGUUUUGCAAUGGGACUGUCCGGACUGUGUUCCGGCGGCCGGCGAUGUUCCGGCACCACCGGUUGUUGGCGUUUCUUCGGUAUCAGGCGCGUCUGGAACUUCCGGCGAGUUGAUCGCGGCGAUUCGCGCCAUUGAAGCCGACGUUUCUCUGUCGGAGCAGGAAAAGGCGAGGAAACGGCAGCAACUGCUGUCUAAAAGCUCGCCGGAUCUGGACGACGGAAAGUCGAAGAAGAACGAGAGUAACGGAGAGAAGGAUGUACUCGGCAUCCUCGAUGAAAGUUUGAACUGCUCAAUCUGUAUGCAGUUGCUCGAGAGACCUGUUACGACACCUUGUGGCCACAAUUUCUGCUUGAAGUGCUUUCAGAAAUGGGUCGGGCAGGGGAAGCGUACCUGUGCAAAGUGCCGACACACCAUUCCCGACAAGGUUGCGAGUCAACCUCGUAUCAAUUCGGUACUUGUUGUUGCCAUCCGUAUGGCCAAAUUGCCAAUUUUGACUGAUCAAAGAGGACCAUUGAAAGCCUACCAUUUUAUACACAACCAGAACCGACCUGACAAAGCAUUUACUACAGAGCGGGCUAAGAAGCCGGGAAAGGCUAAUGCUUGUAGUGGGAAGAUCUUUGUUACGGUCCCGCCGGAUCAUUUCGGGCCAAUCCUUGCGGAGAAUGACCCAGUGAGAAAGCAGGGUGUGUUGGUUGGGGAGUCUUGGGAGGACCGCAUGGAAUGCAGGCAAUGGGGGACCCAUCUUCCACAUGUUGCUGGUAUUGCAGGUCAAAAGGAAUAUGGUGCUCAGUCAGUAGCAUUGUCUGGUGGCUAUGAGGAUGACGAGGACAAUGGCGAGUGGUUUCUCUACACAGGGAGCGGUGGUAGGGACCUGAGUGGGAAUAAGCGCACAAAUAAGCUGCAAUCAUUUGAUCAAGAGUUCACAAAUAUGAAUGCGGCUCUUCGUGUAAGCUGUAAAAAAGGAUACCCGGUUCGAGUUGUGAGGUCUCACAAGGAGGCCCGCUCUUCUUAUGCCCCAGAAACUGGGGUGCGAUAUGAUGGUAUUUACAGGAUUGAGAAAUGUUGGCGUAAAGUUGGAAUUCAGGGUAAGAAGGUCUGCAGAUAUCUGUUUGUUAGAUGUGACAAUGAACCUGCUCCGUGGACGAGUGAUGAGCAUGGAGACCGCCCAAGAUCUCUUCCUGCUAUUCCGGAGCUUAUAAGUGUUACGGAAAUCACAGAAAGGAAAGAAAGCCCGCAUUGGGAUUAUGAUGAGGAGGAUGGUAGUUGGAAAUGGAAGAAACCACCACCACGCAGCAGAAAAGAACGAGUGGCUACUGGAAAUUUGGGUGAGAGAAAGAGGAUCAGGGAAGCAAAGAGAAUGAAUGCUCAGGACAGGCUUCUGAAAGAAUUUAGCUGCCUGAUAUGUCGGAAUGUGAUGACUCUUCCCCUUACAACUCCUUGUGGUCAUAAUUUUUGCAAGCCUUGUUUGGAGAAUGCCUUUACUGGUCAGACUUUUGUGAGGGAGAGGACAUGUCAGGGUAGACGGACACUUAGGGCACAGAAGAAUGUCAUGAAAUGCCCAUCUUGCUCAAAUGACAUUUCUGACUUCCUUCAAAACCCACAGGUCAAUAGAGAUGUGAUGGAUGUGAUAGGGAGGCUCAAAACUAAGAGUGAGGAGGAGGCAUCAAAAAAUGACGAGGAAUUGAGUGAUGACACUGAUGAAAAAUCUAAUGGUGUUAACGAGUCACCUGAUGCUGCAGAAGGUGCACAAGAACUGAAAUGCACUGACGAGUUUGGUGCAUUAACAGAUGUCAAAGAAGAUUUGCAGGCUCCUGGGGUUGGGGGAAACCCCAAGCGAAGGAAGGCUGAUAAUGCUGAGGAUAGCAUCGUGAGUCAGGAUGUUGGGGUGAGGGCCGAGGGAAGGAAAGCUAGGGAGGUGACAGAUGAAGGAGAUAACUCACCAUCAAGUCCUCUUCAUGUUGGAUCUGAUGGUGAUGACGACUUUGUAUAAUGCUUCGCCUUUAUGGGUGGAAACCGGAAACUUAAGAACUCUGUGUAUGCUAGGAACUGUUCUCAGCUGCCAAUGAUGGUUUUUUUUUUUCUUUUGUGGGUAGGGGUGUAAUGGCCAAUGAAGUUAUUACGUGAGAAGAUUGAAGAGGUUUUGCUACCACUGGAAUUUUGUACAGAGUAGGCUUUUUUGGUAACUUUUUCAUUAACUUUUUCAUAUAGCAUAUAGUAAUUGUCAUCU